AUGGAGCAAGUCUUCUUGGCUGCCGCAGAGUUGGGCUGUGACGACUGGCGGGACUAUUGCCUCAAGGAGCUGACGAGGAAUUUCCCUUCCUCCCUUCGAGUAGAGCGCUUGAAAGGCAUCGAGAAGGAAUGCCAAGGAGAAUGGAAGGAGGCCGAGAAGAUCUAUCAAAAGAUCCUCUCGACCAAACCAGAGGACUGGCAUCCGUAUAAGCAGCAGAGCGGCAAAGUGCCAGAGGCCAUCGAGUCGAUCAACAAAUACCUGGAGACCUUCAGCACCGACUCCGAGGUCUGGCAUGAACUCGGCGAAUUGUACAUUGAGGUUGGGCAUUUACAGCGAGCAGCUUUUUGCUUCGAAGAGCUCAUCGUGCACAAUCCUCGCUCGAUGUAUACCAUCCUGACCUAUGCAGAGCUUCUGUACUCCACCGGCGACUUUGAAGCCAGCCGGAAAUACUUUAGCAUGGCCUCCUACCUGGAUGAGACCAAUCUUCGGGCCUUGUGGGGCUUGGCCACGUGCAACAUGGUGCGCGUCACGUUCAACGUGCUCGCCUUAGCAGAGAAGGACAAAGCCCGAGAAAAGUCUCUUGGUCCAAGCGAUGAACAUGGCCGGGAAACGGAACUCAAUGUCUUUCAAGUUGACCGAGCGAUUUGGACUGUAUAUACUGUAUAUAUGUUUGAACCACUGUUUUAA